AUGGAGCGAUUGGUGCUGAUCAUGGGUUUCCUCCAGCUGAAGGAACAGUGGGGGCCCGUGAUCGACGUUAUGAUGAAGAAAUGGGACGCAAAGAAACAAGGCAGGAACCUAACGAUCCUCACCUUUGAUAAUCGAGGCGUGGGCGGCACUGAUGCGCCAUUGGGGCGAUACACCACCAGCCAAAUGGCCGAGGACGCGGUUUGCUUGCUGGACCAUCUUGGAUGGGAAUCUGCACACUUUGUUGGCAUUAGUAUGGGUGGUAUGAUCUCUAUCGAGCUUGCGUGUGCUUAUCCCGAGCGCGUGCAGUCCCUCUCUCUAUUGGUGAGUACUCGCGGCCGAUACAUCCCUGACAUGCGGUCGAUGAUCCCGUUGCUUGGUGCCAUCUUCUCACCGACUCAGACGGGAGUCGUAAAGAACACCGUGUCGCUCAACUAUCCGUCGGACUUCCUCGACCGUCCGAUCGGCGAUCAAGACGUGCGCAGCGUGCUCGAGCGGCACUACGCCACACUUCCCAACCGACACAAACCGGCAGGAUACAAGGCGUUACUGUGCCAGGGCAUGGCUGUGCAGACGCACUACGUCUCGGACGAGCGACUCAAAGUCAUUGCUAAGGCGGGUUUCCCCAUCCUAAUUGUCGGUAGCAUGCGAGACAUUCUGAUUCCACCCGAGGAGUCCGUGAAGCUCCUGCAACGACUGCCGGGCGACCAAGUACGUGCCUUCUUCUUCAAGAACGGCGGCCACGGCAUCGACACGCAGUUCGCAGAGGAAGUCGCCGACGGACUUGUCCAGACCAUGAAACGAGCCAGACUCUGACUGCAACUUACCACGAAAUAGAGCAAGUUGAAGUGGGAG